CCUUCCAAUGUUUUAUCGGAAGUACAAAAUGUGCUAACUGACGUGCUAGAUCCAUGAUUUUUUUCUCCAUAGAAAAACAGAUCAAAACGAACCCAACCCUAGACCCAAUCUAUAGUCCCAAUUUCGCAAAAUGUAUUUCAUCGUUUAUAUUUUGGAAAAGCGUGAGCAUGUCGUCGUUCCAUAUACAUGGAUCAAAUUGGAUUUACAUAUGCACAAUAUUAUCAACAACGGGAUAAACAGAGGAAAGCUGUUUGAGGUUUUUUAUACCGACAAUGUUGAUGCCUUUGAUAACGGAAUACCGCGUGUCGAUUACCAACCAAAUGCCCAUGCCAGUCUAUUUAACCACUUUCCAAGUGAAGGAUGGUAUCAUUGCCGCAUACAAAAAUUCAUCUUCAACUUUCGAGAGGCAAUGGUAUAUAAAAUGCGACGAAGAAAUGUGUCACCAAAACUUUACAAUCAGCAGCGAUUGCAUGAACGGGCGAAAUUAUGUUCAAGUCAACGUAUACAAGAACGUGUAUCAACAUUUUUUCGGAUGAAUUGUUUGCCAGCUGCAGACAAUCAAGGUGAAACUAGAGGUGAAAUGUCUGGUGCUAGGUCUGGUGACGCCUUAACUCACACACGAAUGGAUACUCUAGUGGACACUGGAGGUAGCACUGGAGUGGACUCUGAUUGUCAAGAAGAAAAUACUGUUCGAGAUUAA